AUGCACGGCUCGAACGACGGCUUCUUCUUGUUGAAGAGGCUCACUUUCAAGCUUAUCUGUGCGGCGCUCUGCUUUGGAUUCUCGGGCGCGGCUCGAGGUCUCGACUCAGGUCUUAUUGCUAGCACCGUUGCCGAACAGUCCUUUAUCAACCAGUUUAAUCUAGAGGCAGAAUAUCUCAGUGCAUCCCAGAAGGCAAAUCGGUUGUCAAACAUCACAUCCAUGGUGCACAUUGGCAGUUUGCCCGGUGCCAUCAUCGCGUUUAUGUGCAGCGAACGCAUUGGAAUACUUUGGACUGCCAGACAAUGUUGUUUGCUUUGGAUAUUAGGAUCGGUGAUCUUCAUCACAUCACACAACCUUGGCCAGGUCUAUGCCGGCCGGUUCAUAAUGGGACUGGGGAUUGGACAGUUUGGCGUCGUCGCUCCCCUUUACCUUGGUGAGGUUGCGCCCCGGGAGAUCCGUGGGAUGCUCGUGGGCACAUAUGGCAUGUCAGAAUACCUGGGAAUCAUGAUUGGAUACUUCUCCAUAUGGGGCGCGUCCAUCCAUAUACCCAACUCGAGUGCGAAACAGUGGAUUAUCCCACAAAGCAUCCAGAUUGUGUGGGCAGGCUUGCUCUUAUUCUCGUCACUGUUCUGCGAGGAAAGUCCGCGAUUCUUGUGUAGACAGGGACGCCCCAAAGCAGCACUGCAUGCCCUUGGACGGCUAUGGAACCUGUCGCCUUUGGACCCGGGAGUACACCUCGAAGUAGCGAAUGCUCAGAUGCAGCUUGAUCUCGAGCGUCAGGUAACACCAAAGAUACGAUUCAUCGGUGCCCUGAAGGAGCUCUUUGGGACGAAAUCUCACCUGAAGCGAAUCGCACUUGUCUUCGUCUUACAGUGCUUGGGCGAGUGGUCGGGCCCGAACUCGGUCACUACAUAUGCGCCCGAGCUAUUUGGGCUGUUCGGGAUCAAAGGCCAGUCGCAAAAGCUGUUUACUACGGCCAUUUUUGGUGCUGUCAAAUUCGCAUUCGCAUUGAUAUCUGCACUGUUCCUGAUCGAUUUUCUUGGAAGGCGGAAGACGCUCUAUAUCGGUCUCAUGAUUCAGGUUAUCGCGUUGACUUAUGACUCCAUAUUUCUAACCAUCUUCUCAUCGCUGUCGGGAGACUCGCAGCAGGAGCCAGCAGUGAGGCAUGCGGGGAUUGGCGCGAUCGCGAUGAUUUAUUUGGUCGGUGUUGGAUGGGCAUUGGGCUGGAACUCCAUCCAGUAUUUGAUCGCCGCAGAAUCCUUCCCGCUGCGAGUUCGGAUUGCAGGCGUGAGUCUAGUGACCCUCUGGCAUUAUGCCAACCGCAUCGGAAUAUCCAAGGCUACCACGGUGAUGCUGCUCGAGCACGACUCCUUGACGCCGAAAGGCACUUUUUGGUUUUUCACGGGCAUGUCUUUGCUGGGUCUUCUGGUUGCGUGGCGGUUCCUACCCGAGACCUCUGGCAAAGGGCUGGAGGAGACGAAUGAGAUGUACAGCAGCGGGCGGCAUGCCAAAUCCCCGCACGAGGCACAGGUAGACUUUUGA